AUACGCUGCCGACCGCCCUACAUCGGCGUGCCCCAACUUGCAAUUUGUGCCCCUGGCAAUGAGACGGCAAAGCUUCAGAGCGAGGAACUGCGCUUCACGCGGCCCUACUGUGACCUGGAGGUUUGUCCAGAUCCAGAUCCCCUUCCGCCAGGCUACGAGCGAGUCGGAGAGGGCUUCCGCUGCCUGCCGGGCUUU